AUUCAAUAUAGGAAAGUAGGCUUCUUUUGCUGUAUAAUUCACUAAUCACUUUGCUUCAAUCCGUUUCCACACUUGGGUUUUGAUCUCACCCAGUUUCUUUCCUUCCUUUCUUCUUCCUCCAGAAGCAGAGCAAGGAAGAAGAUACAGAGACAGAGAUGGAGAUUGAAUUGGUGAAUUGCGAGUGUUGCGGAUUAAAAGAGGAUUGUACCCAAGAUUACAUUAGUGAAGUGAAAGCGAAAUUUGAUGGGAAAUGGUUAUGUGGGUUGUGCUCUGAAGCUGUGAGCGAUGAGGUGAAGAGAGGGAAAAAGAGUUCAUUUGGAAUGGAUGAAGCUGUGAAAGCUCACAUGUCUUUCUGUGGGAAGUUCAAGUCCAACCCUGCAGUUAAGGUUGCAGAUGGUAUGAGGCAGAUGCUUAGAAGGAGGUCAGGGGAUUUGUCUUCUUCUUCUUCUAAGAAGUUCAUGAGAUCAGCAAGCACAUAACCAGCAGGAGACAAAUUCUCAUUCUCACUUUACUAAUUAGAAGCUUGUAGAGCUGAAGGGAAGGAAGGGGGAGAAAGGGGGGAGGGGGGGCUCUUCUGGGUUUUUUCUGGGUUUAAAUAAUUCUCACAGCCUUCCAUGGUUAAAUUCUCUUCUAAUCUUGUACAGAGUUUAAUGUCACUGCAGGAUUAGUAUUACAUUAUGUUUUUUCUUAA